AUGCUCCACGAACAACGGACUGUGACGGUUGUAAGAGAUGUGAGUCCGCCUGCCCGACAGGCUUCUUGA